AUGUUAAGAGCAAAACAUUUCACAGUAUACUAUACGGACCAUAAGCCAAUCAGUUUCACAUUUCAUGCAAGGAAAUCCAACUGUUCGCCUAGGCAGUAUAGGCACUUAGAUUAUAUAGCCCAGUUUACAACUGAUAUCAGACAUAUUUCCGGUAAGGACGACGUUGUUGCCGAUACACUUUCGCGUGUAGAGGCAUUGGAGGCGCCUAUUGACUUAGAAGCCUUAGCUAAAAGCCAAACUUCUGACCCUGAGCUUGAAAAGCUCAUAAAAGAAGACUCAUCACUACGCCUGGAAAAACUUACUAUACCCUGGAGUCGAACCCCAUUGUACUGCGACGUCAGUACACCGACUUCCCGGCCAUUUGUAACCAAGUUUUUCCGAAAACAAGUUUUUAAUACUUUACAUUCGCUCAGUAAUCCAGGCGUUAACGCAACCGCCAAGUUAGUGGCAGAACGUUUCGUGUGGCUGAAAGUUAGAAAAGACUGUCGGGAAUGGUCAAAAACGUGUUUACCAUGCCAACGUUCGAAAAUAUAUCGGCAUGUUAGCUCACCUAUAGGCACGUUUAAAAUACCGCGUACAAGGUUUAAACAAAUUCACAUCGAUCUGGUAGGGCCAUUGCAAUUGUCGAAUGGCUACCGUUAUUGUCUGACGUGUGUUGACUGCUUCACAAGGUGGCCCGAAGCUGUUCCAAUCGCUGAUAUAACAGCAGAAACGGUUGCGAAGGCUUUGUUAUCUUAUUGUAUAGCUCGAUUUGGCUGCCCCACUGACAUUAUAACUGACCGCGGUAAGCAAUUCGAGUCAACCCUUUUCCAACAACUCGCCAAAAUAACCGGAUUCCAACACAAACGCACGACGGCUUACCAUCCGGCAAGUAAUGGACUGGUGGAACGAUUCCAUAGGCAGCUCAAAUCUUCCAUAAUAUGUCAUACACGAGAAAAAUGGACCGAGUCAAUGCCAUGA